AUGGCGGCGCUAGGGCUGGCGCAUCUGCUGGUGGGGCGGUCGCACGAGUGCAAGUUCCCGCCGUCGCUGCUCGCGCUGCCGUGCGUGUCGUCGCCCGCGCUGGGGCCGGAUAUCGAGCAGCAGAGCUGUGCGACGGUGCACGACAGGCUGGUCACGACUGGGCGGGGGGUGACAGAGGAGGAGGCGGCAGCAGGCAGGGCGUCGUGUGUGGCACUACGACGGCUGCUGCAGCAGCAGCUGAGGCAGGCUGGUGCUGAGGCCUUCAUUGCCCCUGCUGCCACCGGCUUCCCUCCACCCCUCCAUCAAGUCUACCUCACACCUGCUGCUGGUGGUUCAUCUGGGAGUGCUGCUGCUGGCAGCUGCACACAUGAGGGUGGUACUGCUGAUGAGAGCAAAGGGGAGGGUAAUAAGGAGUAUCAUCCAGUGGGGGUCACGCUCAUUGGGAUUUGGAACGAGGAUGAGAGAUUGUUAGACGUUGCAAUGGAGCUUGAACGCUUCCUUGAUCGCACUUCACCAUUAUAA